GGCGGAGUGGGCGACGCGGCGUGGCGGUGGCAGGCGGCGGUGAGCAUAAAGAGGAUAGGAUAAUAUCGCCGAUCUGAUUGCGGCCGAAUCUGUACGAUGUAGUUAUGCCGAAGAAGGGCACGCGGCAUGUGAGGGAGCCGGGGAACACGAGAAGCGUCCAGCAGCAGGAGCAGCAACCGCACGGAAGCUGCGUCGCGCUGCCCGGCGCGACGACGAUCGUUCCGGAAGUGGCCGAGCACUUUCGCAGCGUACAUAUCGGCGCGAUCAACGGCAAGCGUUGGCUAUCGCUGAGGAAACGCCUGGGCCUGACGACGGACGAGGAUGUCGCGGUGUACUUGCUGGAUCUCGCCGACUCGGUCGCUACCUCCGUCACCAGGCAAGACGAUAAGUGCAAUGGAGCAGAGGAUUGGAAGGCAAGUCAGGUCAGGGAUGAUGAUGAGGAAGCUCUCAAGAUUGAAACAGACGAGGAAGAGGAAAAGGAGGAGCCUGUUCGCAGAAGUUUGAGAAGGCAAGAUCCCGUGUCGAAUAUCGUCGAGAUACAUUCUCCCAGUACGAUAAGUGAGAGCGUGUCGUCGAAAGUGCUAAAUGACGCGAUCAAGUUGCAUGUGCGACGUAGUUCGAGAUCGAAACAUCAUAAGAACAAGACAAAACAUCACAAAGACAAACGAAAGAAACGGCGGCAUUCGAAGAACGGCGCCGAGAACGGCGGCUCCAUCGGACUGAAUGGAUCCGAAAACACCAACGAGAAUACGUUGGACGUGCAGAACUGUACUUCACUAGAAAACAAAGACUUGGACAAUUGCGAGACGACGGUAGUCAGUGAGUUAGACACUAAAUUAAAACUAGACGUAAGCUUCGGAAUCAAUACAAAGGACGUUGAAUCCGUUACGACGAAGACUGAGCACAUAGAUAAUGUAAGAUUUAUAAAUGAUGUAAAUAAUACGAGGAAUAAUAAUGCCGGAUGCGACGCGAGAGCCAUUGAUGCAUCCGGUGAAUCGACAAGGGAUACCUUAGAGGAUGAUAGAAUUACGAAGGUAAAUUUUAACGAUGCGGCGGCGUCGUCGUCCCUUCCGAAACACGAGUGUAAAGCCGAGGAUCCAAACGAGGACGUAGAAUAUUUAUUAAAUCCAGUAUCUAACAUCAACGAUACCGUAGAGGCACAAGCUGCGGACGCACCUGAAAAGACUUCAAAAUCUCAAAACAAGACGAGCGCGGCGCAUUACGCGGAAUCGCAGGGUUACGAGGAAGUAACUUUCUAUGACGCGUCCCAGAAGGAUGACGAAUCAAAAGACUCAGAGGAUCGCAAGCAGAAGAGGAAACGGAAGCGACUGCGUCACGACGAACAAGUCGGAAAGAAUUCCGCGAAGGAUACUUCCGAAAAUAACGCUUCGGACGAGACGUCGACGUUCAAGCAUCGGCGAAAGAAGCACAAACACACGAACGAGCACAAAACCAAGAAACACCAUGAUGUACGGAAGGCGCCGCAGGACGGUAUCGUUCAGGAAGAGACGCAGGACGUGUGUACGCCUGAAGUCGAGGUGCCGUCAUCGACGGUAGGAUCCGGAAAAAUCGCUGACAAUACCGACGGCGUAAUAUCGGAGCCGCAGAGACUCGCAAUCAAAAUUAAGCUCUGUCAGGAAUGCGAAGUUCCACACUUGCAGGAUGUGUGCCCUUUUACGGAACCGCUACACACGAUAAUCGACGCGAUCUCGUACGAGGAGUGGCUGAACAAGCAUAAGGAGAACACAGAGAUAACGAAGGCCAUCAAGUCGAAAGAUCCGAUGUCGGAGGGUUACGGCCGAUUGGCGGACGAUGGCUUCGAGUCGGACGACGAGCCGCUGACCUCCAGUGAACAAUGUAAGACCAAAUCGAAAGCGCCGAGAGAAGAGAAACAGUUGCUGGUGGACGUUGAUCGGCCGUUGUACGCGAGGGACUCUCUGCCGGAUUGUCUCGAGCUGAAGAUCGCGAACACCGAUCACGGUCUCAGCAUCUACGCCAAGAGCCCGAUCCCGAUACGCGCCAGAUUGGGCCCACUCGUCGGCACGUCAGUUAAAGAAAUGGAUAUCCCGGAUGAUUUCUCCAUGCGUCAUAUUUGGGAGAUAGAUAAUAAUGGGAAAAGUGUAUAUAUCAGUACUACAGAUCCAUUAAAAAGUAAUUGGAUUAGAUACCUUAGACCUGCUGAAACGAAGGAGAAGAGGAACGUCGCAAUGCUUACGACAAAACAAGGCGAGCUGCAUUUUGUUACGACUCAGAAUAUUAUAUCGGGGAUGGAGCUCACUUAUUGGGCAGACUCGCAGUCUUCCACCUGGACGAGAAAGAAUAAAAUAGAUAAAACAAAUUGCGGAGGGUGCAACCUCAAUUUCGCCCACCCGAUAUAUUAUCGAUUGCAUUGUUGCAUCUUUCACGACACAAAUUAUAGUUUAACCAUAAGAAAAUAUCAUUGCAAGGUUUGCGGCGCCGCAGUUCUCGGCAAGGAUAAUAUCAUGAAACACGCGGCAGAAUUGCACGGAGGUCGCGGCGCAUAUCAAUGCCAAUACUGCAAAAAAUUCUUUUUAAGACUGAAUUAUUUGGAUAUGCAUAGGACUUACGGAUGCGCACAGAAUCCGCAACGGUCGCGGCCGCUGUGCGAUUUUUGCGGUCGCAAAUUUUGUCAGCCGCAAAAACUAAAAGUACACAUCAAAAGGAUGCACAGCGAUAUGUCCGAAGUGCUCAGGGAAUUUCAAUGUAAAUCAUGCUUAAAACUUUUGGGUUCUCGCGCGGCUCUGCAACGGCACAUGAAGGAGGUUCAUCACAAAGACGUCGUUGCCGCAGCCACAUGCGAUCGAUGCGGGAAGAUGUUUCAGAACAAAAGCAACUUAAAAAUACACAUGCUGACUCACAGCGGCGUGAAACCAUUUAAGUGCAAAGAGAAUGGCUGUAAGGCGGCUUUUACCACGAAACAAUGUCUACAGUUUCAUUAUAAGAAAGUGCAUGGCCUUUCGGAAGAGAUGAUGCCCAAGAUCGAACGAUCCGUAGCGUAUACCUUUGAUGCUUACAGCGGUGGUCUCGUCGAAGACAUAUCUUGUGGAAGGAGCAGUCACGCUAGCAGAAGAAAUUCACAGGAUAACAGUAACAGUUUACCAUCUCUGGACGAAUGCAGCUCAGAAAGUAGCUUGAAGGUUGAGACAGCGGCGGCGAAUCCCGCUCACAAUGCCAUUAUAGAUUCAUUCCAGAGUGAGGCAAACGCUAUGGUCAAAUAUAAGACGGAGCAACAAGAGUCGCAGGUUCCGACCCCGUCACCACAAACGACCGCAUCUUUAUCCAGCGGACUCGACACAACGACGAUGGAAAACGUGCGGACGGAGAUCGAUCUAUACGGCACGUCGAGAGUGCAGAGCAAGGGUAGCAAAAAGUGGCUAGGCGAGUUUAAUCCGCCGCCUACGUCCGAUAUCGCCGUUCAUUUACCGACAGUCUCGGUGCCGUCUUCUGAUAUGUACGAUUUCGAGGACGGUAGAAAAGACGGUAGCGAGAAAGUGAUCUCGCGCACUACGGCGCCAAGUCUGGUGAUGGAUAGCAAUAAACUGGGCUUGAGCAUGUAUCGUAGAACUGAAAGCGCAAACGCGAGUCUGCUAGUGGAGGCAGCCUUGGACGCCGCCGAGAGGGAUAUAGGAGCAGUGUCCAGUCCAAUUCUGGAAGACAACGAUCGCGAGGCCAAUCUGUACUCCAUUUCGAGCCAGUUGCAAUCGCCAAUACCGCAGUCGCGGUCGCCGAAUCACCUAGACUCGUAUAUCCAACAGCAGGAGGAACUGAUGUCGCCUGCGGCGACGCCGGAUGAUCGACACACUCCUCCUAGCCACUUACACGUGGAUUAUCAUCUUCACCGACCGGUCGAUUAUAUCAGCGCUUCGAGAACGCACAACAUCGAGCAAUAUCUACAUCACGAGGAGCUGCCGCGCGUCUCUUCGCCGAAUUACAUCCACAUGCAGCAAGAAGACCUGGUGUCGCCGUCGGCCACUCCGAAUCCGCGCUACCAGGAUGUACAUCAUCAUCAUCAGGUGCCGACGGAUAAUCUGUCGAGCGACGAGGGCGACUCGGUGGCGCAGAAUCUCAGCCUGUCUGUAAAGGAGAAGGCGUUGCAACUGGACCUAUCGACAUCUUAUAAAUACGACUCGCUCGGCGAACAGGAUUUUGCUCGCGAAAGAUCCAACUUUGAGCCGUUGAUGCUCAAUAGCGGCGAGCUUCAGGGUCUGGACAUGUCGGCUAGAGGAUUUCAUCACAGUUUCAGCGCCCAAGUGCAAAAUACACGCUACCAUCAUCAUCAUCUGUAUGACAUUGGCGAGCGACAGACCGUGGAUCUCAGCAGAACGAGUAGUUACUCUAUGUCGUCGCCCCCGCCGCCGCCACCGCCGCCUUAUCCGUCACACAGCGAUGUUCUGCGGGUAGUCAGUCUAGAUCUCACCCCAGGCGGUCGACACAGCGUCGAUCUGAGUCUCUCCAGAUCGCAUCAUCUGCACGGAUCCGGCACUCGCGUCAUUACUAGCCCGCAACCGGCCGGCUCGGCUGCGACGCAUGUAGUACCUGAUGCCGGUGAGGGCCGAAUAUUGUCUCCGCCUCCACCUCCACCAGGAUAUAAUCCCAGUUAUCCCGUGAGUCCGGCCCCGUAUCAUCCUCCGAGACCCGGAUAUCACCAUUAUCCCGGUUAUUAUUGAUCCUUGUUGACGUUUGUGAAUGUCGCGGCGGUUCAAUAUCUCUUCGGUAAGUUUUAUUUCAUACAUUCGCAAAUGUGUUUGUAGGUCUUUUUGUUAUUAUCUUCACACUAAACGAAUUUAUAUAUGUCGGAGUUAUUAGUGAUUUAAGUCCGCACACAGUUUUACGUUGUGAUAUAUCCGGGUUACAGAUGGAAACUGCCAUUUUC